AUGGGUAUAGAACAUUGUGGACAAGUAAACAUUUUGAUUCUGGGAGAUAAAGGUGUUGGAAAGUCUACAAUUUGUUCAGAAUAUGCAGGAGAAGAAUUAUCGAGCGUACAAGAAAAAGAAAAAGGAGAUAUACCAAUAAAAACAAAUGUAUUUUUGGGUGAUGGAAAAAAAGAAUGUAUUAAAGAAUAUGAUGUGCAUAUAACAACUUCAAACGGAAUAUUUCGCAGAGAAACAGUUCAGGAAUAUAAACAAAAAAUUCUUCGUUCAGACGGUUAUGUGCUUAUUUAUUCUAUAGACAACCGUGCAAGCUAUAUCAAAUUGAUCAACUUAUUAGGAGAUAUACAACGAACAACAAAAGAUAACGUCCCCAUCGUAAUCUUUAGAAACAAGAUAGAUAUAAAAGUAUGUCUCCCUUUCGAUGAACAAAACUUGUUAUCGCAAGAUAUACCACAAUUUAAUGUUUCAGGGCGUACAAACGAAGGUGUUCAAAAAGGAUUCAAGACUUUAGUUCAAUUAUGUGUUAAUAAAUUGUAA